CGCAACUCUGCCUCGCUCUUGUCCAGUAUCUCGUCUAGACGCACACCGCUGCUGCAAGCCCACCGCACGUUCACCUGGCCAGCCAUGUCCGACAUCCCCAACUACUACUCUGGCCAGCCGCCGCUCAACCGCCUGUCGUUCCAGCGCCCGCACGCCGACAUUCUCAACAGGCACCUCGAGACCAAGGGCGCGCAGUUUACGCUGUACAAGAAUGGCAGCGUCCUCAUCCACAAGGGCAAGACUGGCUCGACGCUGUUCGUCACGUACGACGUGGUCAAGCCGCUGAUCGGGGGCGGGUUCCAGAACCCGCCUGCGACGGUGACGGACCCGCGCAAGGCCAAGGUGUUCGAGUCGACGCGGCUGCCCAACACGCUGCCGUCGGUCGUGUUCCUCGGCCUCGACGAGAGAGGUCACGAGCAGAGCGGCGACCUCGAGAACCCGACAGGCACGCCAUACUUUGCUGUUGACGCGACCACGCUCGAGUGGGACCCCGAGGCCGUCGGCGGCGAGUGGGGCGACGCGCGCGCCAACGGCAGCGUCAUGACGCCGUGGGAGGCCGGCGUGUUUGCGCUCUCGCGCCACCUCAUCGACUGGAACUGGCGCAACAAGUUCUGCCCCGCGUGCGGCUCGCAGACGUACUCGCUCUGGGGCGGCUGGAAGCGCGCGUGCAUCACGGCCGUCGAGCCGAUCGAGGGCAAGGAGCCGUGCUUCUCCACCACGGGCCUGCACAACUUUGCCUACCCCCGCACGGACCCUGUUAUCAUCAUGGGUAUUCUUAAUGACGCGGGCACGCACAUGCUGCUCGGCCGCCAAAAGUCGUGGCCAAAGGGCAUGUACUCGUGUCUUGCUGGGUUCAUUGAGCCCGGCGAGUCGUUCGAGGACGCUGUCAGGCGCGAGGUGUACGAGGAGGCUGGUAUCGAGGUGGGCCCUGUGAGGUACUCCUCCUCUCAGCCUUGGCCGUACCCCGCCAACGUCAUGGUCGGCUGCUUCGGCCGCGCAAAGGACGGGCAGACGAUCCGCCUGGACCUGGACAACGAGCUCGAGGACGCCCAGUUUUUCCCGCGCGAGCUGGUGCGCGCCGUGGCGUCCACCAAGGCCGGCACGACGUUUACCCGCGAGGACCUGAAGCAGUUUGACAAUGCUGCGCUCGACGAGCAGGCGCACGGCCACCACGGCGCGCUCGCCAAGCAGGACCGCGCGGAGAAGGAGAACCCGUAUGCCGACUUUACGCGCGUGCCGCCCGAGACUGCUAUUGCCGGCCAGCUCAUGCGGCUGUGGGCUAAUGGGGCCGAGGGGCUGGACAUUGUCAGCAGACUCUAAGCGGCGGGCAGCAGCGGGCCGAAGGUCCGCUGUGGCAGCGGCCGCUGGACGCGGGGUUGAAGGCAAGUGAGCAGUAGAAGCUUCUUGACAUGACAGUACAUUUGGUCUAUGGCACGGCGGCGGGGCGCUACUACUAAUCCAGCAUGAGCAUCUGGGGCGAGAACGGGAUGCGCUCCCACUUAUCAAACUUGCUGGUAUCGCCGACGAUCUCGUCGGCGGCCGCGUCGUCGCCGGGCGCAGUGUCGAUGCCGCUCCCCUUGCCGAGGUCGCCGAGCAGCCGGUUGUCCGGGUCGACAAGCACGACCUUGUGUCCUGUCGAGCGGAGGCGGCGGAGCGCCUCGGCGAGGAUCCGGGAGGCAACAGGGUAUACCUGAUCCACGCGGCGCACGUCGACGACGAUGCCGUCGAGCUUGUGCUCGGGGUUCUUGAGCGUGCGCCCCUGCAUCACGCGCACGAUGCGCUCGGUCGCGGUGAAGUUUACCGCGCCCAUCAGGCUCACGACGACGACCUUCUCGCCCUCUGCCGAGCGGAGGAGGUAGUCGCGCCUGAUUACCGUGCGGGCUGGCGGCGGGGGGAGCAUCAUGUGGAGGACCAUUUCUUUCGCGAUUUGCUUGUACAUCCGCAUACCGCGCACACUGUUCCCCGCCUCGUCCAGCCGCGGGCUAAACGUCGCCAUGCCCAAGUUGCCCGGCAGCACGCCAAGCACACAGCCGCUCACGCCGCUCUUGCCCGGGAAGCCGACCUCGCACACCCAGUGCCCGGCCUCGUUGUACAUGCCGCAGGUGGUCAUGACGGAGAGCACCUGGCGCACGGUUUCGGCCGACACGACCUGCUCGCCAGUCACGGGCUGCUUGCCGCCGUUGGCGAGCGUCGCGCCCAUCGUCGCCAGGUCGGCGGCCGUCAGCUGGAUCGCGCACUGGCGCGUGUAGCCCUUGACCACGUCCCCCGGCUCGGCCUUGAUCGCGCCGUAGUUGCGCAGCAUGUACGCGAUGGAAAAGUUGCGGUACGCCGUCGCCAGCUCGCUCGCGUAGCUCCCCUCGUCUACGCCCAGCUCGCGGCCGGCGAAGCGCGACAGGCCCUUGCGGAUAUGCUCGAAGCGCUCGUCGACGGUCAUCGUGCCCUCGCCAAUCAGGGAGUGCGUCGUCAUCGCCCCGGCGUUGAUCAUCGGGUUCUUGGGCAGCUGCUUGCCGUCGAGCGAGAGCUCGUUGAACGCCUCGCCGGACGGCUCGACGUCGACGCGGUCAAGCACCCAGUCCAAGCCGUGCUCCUCGAUCGCGAGCGCGUACACGAACGGCUUGGACACGGACUGGAUGCUGAACUCGACGCCAACGUCGCCGCUGCCAUACACGUACCCGUCGACAGUGGUGAUGCACGCCCCGAUCUGGUCGCUGUUCACGGCCGCCAGCUCGGGGAUGUACGCCGCGUUCGCGCCCGGGUUGUCCUUGCUGUUCUGCGCGACCAGCCCCGCGAGGUAGUCGGUGAUCGGGGACUGGAUCUGGACGCCCGGGUGCGCGUUCGGGUCGGUCGGCUUCGGCGCAGCCGCGCUCGCUAUCUUGACGGUCGCGGCGGGCUUGGGCGUGCUCGUGGUGGCCAUGGUGGUGGUGG